UUCCAAAUUCCGGUACAAUUGAAACGACAUCAUCUCUUGGUCCACCAAAAAGAGAAUGUGGCCGACAUUCCGGUCCUACUGAAACAUCAUUAGAUGGUUUCAGUCGGACCGGAAUGUCAGUCACAUUCUCUUUUUGGUGGACCAAGAGAUGGUGUUGUUUCAAUUGGGCCGAAAUUUGGAACUUGACUAUCCUUAUGGAUUGUAUCAUAAUGAGAGUACCUGCGACAGUAAUCUGGUAA